GAAACGAAUGGUCAUGUGACACUUUCUCAGCCAUCUUGUGGAUACGCAAAGAGCGACAACUCGCACCCAAACUCAUCGCUGUCAGUUAAAAGCAGAGACUUUGUAAGAAAAAAAUGGCAGAAACCCAGACACUUAACUUUGGACCAGAAUGGCUCCGUGCUUUGUCUGGAGGAGGUGGAAGCAGCAGUGUGGCUUCUCCACCACUCUCGCCUGCAUUGCCAAAGUAUAAACUUGCAGACUAUCGCUAUGGGAGAGAGGAGAUGCUAGCACUUUAUGUAAAGGAUAACAAGAUUCCUGUAGAUCUACAUGACAAGGAAUUUCUGCCUAUUUUACAAGAGGAACCCCUACCCCCGCUGGCCCUAGUCUCAUUUACAGAGGAAGAACAGAGGAAUUUCUCCAUGUCAGUAAACAGUGCAGCAGUGCUGCGCCUGACUGGACGAGGAGGGGGUGUGGUGGCAGGGGCACCACGAGGGCGAAGUUCUUCACGUGGGCGCGGUCGAGGAAGGGGGGAAGGUGGAUUUUACCAAAGAAGUUUUGAUGACGUGGAAGGUGGUUUUGGACGUGGGGGAAGAGAGAUGCAUCGUUCUCAGAGCUGGGAGGAAAGGGGAGACAGAAGAUUUGAAAAGCCAAGUCGAAAAGAUCCAGAUGGAACUCCAGCCCACUUUCAGCUCAAUCACUUGCGGGCAAAUUACGAGGACGGUGGUACAGGCUUGGUGCGAAAACACGAUUUCACGCGCUCUGAGAGUGAGAAUUGGCGAAUGUCGCGUGAUGAACAGAAUGGUGAGGAUGAGGAGGGUGGCGGUUGGCGUCUAGCGGGCUCACGACGAGAGAAUGAGAGAUGGUGUCCACCAAGCCCAGAUGGGCCACGUUUGGCUGGAGGAUGGCGGGAACAGCCAGAUCAGCGACGGCGAUUGCCAUUGGACUCCCGUGGGGAGGAGGAGCGUGUUGGGGGGUACAGGCGGGCCCGCACGGCCAGUGGCAGUAUGGAGGAUGAGAGGGACGCACUGCCUGAGUGGUGUCUGGAGGACGCAGAAGAGGAGACGGGCACUUUUGACUCAUCUGGAGCUUUCCUCCCGCUCAAGAAAGCUCCUGCAGAGCCGAUUCUUGAAGAGGCCGAGCUGGAGUUUCGGCCGUUGGAGGAGGGUGAAGAGUGCUGCGAGAAAGAUGAAAAUGAAGCAGGACAUCCUAAAGAACCUGACUCCAAGUGCCAACCUGUUAGGAAUGAGGACACUGGCAAGUCAGAAGAGGCUUCCCCACCAGACGCUCUAUUACCACCUGCUCCAGAGCCAGCUGUGUCCAUACCUCUGCCCUCCAGUCAGUCAGAGAGGGUGGAGGAACCCGAGAGGGCAGCACCACUUGAAAUUAGAGCUCCUGCUGCAGCUCCGUUACACUCAGCUCUCCCCAUAUCUGUACCACACAGCACAAAUGCACUCAGCACACUAACAGAUCUUCCAGCCUCCUCCCACCCAGUGUUGCCCACCCAGCAAAUUGCAUCCCAUCCCAAGCCAGUGGAGGUGCCUGUGGUAGUACCUGAUGCACUCCCUUUCCCAAAGAACAUCAUGUCACACAUCGGUCAAAUGGCAGCUGUAGCGACAGAUGUGGAUGAGGACGAGGGCCUUAAACACUUUGAACAGGAAGCCGAGAAAAUGGUGGCAUAUCUACAUGAUGGUGGCGGGGAUGACGAGCGUUUGGGGACUAAGAAUGCAGAGCGGCCCAAAGUUGGCUGUCUACCUCCAUCCCAUGAGGCUGCUCUCAAGUGGUACUACAAGGAUCCUCAGGGAGAGAUUCAGGGUCCCUUUAAUAAUCACGAGAUGUCUGAGUGGUUCCAGGCUGGGUAUUUCGCAAUGACCCUGUUGGUGAAAAGAGGCUGUGACGAAGGCUUCCACCCCCUUGGAGAAAUCUUUAAGAUGUGGGGGAGAGUGCCCUUUGCUCCUGGCCCUCCACUACCACCUAUCCUGGGAGAUGCUGAUCAGGAGAGGAUAAAGAGACAGCAGGAGCUAAACGCUCUAAGCAUUUAUCAGCUUCAGCAAUUGCAGUACCAGUAUAUACUCAGACAGCAGCAGUAUGCUCAGGCUCUAGCUCAGCAAAAAGCUGUGCUUACUUCAGCACCUCCUCCUACACAGCAGCAACAGCAAAUUAACCUGUUUUUACAGCAAGCUCUCAAGCUCAGAACUCCAGAACAGCAGCAGAGCCUUUUGCCUCCGGUCACGCGUUCCAUGUCAGUUCCAGAUUCAGGGUCAAUCUGGGAUAUACAGAAUCCAUCUACUCAAGCAUCCUGUGCAGCUAACAUUCAGCCAGCAGCUCCAAGCACAUGGGAAGGCACAAGCGUUUGGGAUCUGCCAAUAGACACCUUACCUCAACCAUCAAUUGAACAGAUACAACUGGAGAAGGCUAAAGCUGCUAAGAUGGAGAUGGAACUUCGAGUCAAACGAGAAGAGGAGGAGCGGAAGCGUCUGGAGGAGGUACUGCGGGUGCAGCAGGAAGAGGAACGCAAACGUCUGGAGGAAGAAGAGCUGGCUCGAAGAAAGCAGGAGGAGGCACUAAGGAGGCAAAGGGAACAGGAGGAGUCACAGCGGCGCCAGAAGGAGGAAGAAGAACGUCUGGCUCGGGAGGAGGAACUCCGCAGGCUAGAGGAGAAAAGGAGAGAAGAGGAAGAGAGAAAACAAAGGGAAGAAUUUCUCAGAAAACAGGAAGAAGAGCGGAGGAAACAGGAGGAACUGGAGGCUCAGAGGAGGCGAGAAGAGGAGGCUGCAGCAUUGGCUCGCCAACAGCAGGAAGAGCAGAAGAGGAAGGAGCAGGAACUCCAGAGGCAGCAGGAGCUCCAACGCCAACAGGAAGUUCAGAGGCAGCAGGAAAUCCAAAGGCAAAAGGAGCUGUUAAGGCAGCAGGAAUUGCAGAGACAGCAAGAGGCUCAGAGGCAACAAGAAGCUCAGAGGCAGCAGGAGCUGCAGCGACAGAGACAACAACAACAAGAGGCCCUUCGAAGACUCCAGCAACAGCAGCAGCAACAACAGCUGGCCCAGAUGAAGCUGCCCUCAUCCUCUAAGUGGGGACAGCAGUCUGCCUCGUCAUCUUCCCUCAGCCAGACACAGAGCACUCUAUCUUUCAGUGAGAUCCAGAAGCUAGAAGAGGAGAGAGAACGACUAACUAGAGAAGAGCAGCGACGCCAGCAGCAGGAGCUCCAAAGGCAGCAGCAGCAGCAACAGCAGCAGCAGCAACAGCAACCUCAAACUAAGCUUUCAGGCUGGGGCAGCAUGGCCAAGCAGCCUGCAGCCACUAAAUCCCUUCUCGAGAUCCAGCAGGAGGAAGCUCAGCAGAUGAAGCAGAAGAAAGAGCAGCAGCAGACUGCAGUUGUACAGCAGAACCGCACACAGAACAGAGUUGCUUUGACCUCUUCAGUGUGGGGUGCAGUGAGUAAUACCGGUCACUGGGGAUCAGACAGCAACAGCAUCUGGGGUGACACGCAGAACUCUAACCUAGGCUUCUGGGAUGAUGCUGUGAAGGAAACCGCUCCACCUCCAACCACACGAAAAAACAACCCACCAAAAAACAAGGGAAACGUUAACCUCAGUAACAGUAAUGGUGGGAAAUCCAGUAAGAAGGUUGAAGAGGAGGAGAAACUGUUGAAGCUCUUUCAGGGGGCCAAUAAAACUCAGGAUGGCUUUAUGCAGUGGUGUGAGCAAAUGCUAAACACACUUAACACUGCUAACAAUCUUGAUGUCCCAACAUUUGCAUCAUUCUUGAAAGAGGUGGACUCUCCAUAUGAGGUGCAUGAUUAUGUACGAGCAUAUCUGGGUGACACGCCUCAGGCCAAGGACUUUGCCAAGCAGUUCCUGGAGCGCCGUGCCAAACAGAAUGUCAACCAGCAAAAAUCAUUGCCGAGUCAACAGCCGAAAAAUCAGCAGGACUCUGUGUGGGGGGUAAACCAGACCGUUACUCAGCCUGUUUUCCAAUCCAACAACUCCACAAAGCAACAACCACGCUUUGAGACGGUCACCUCUGGAAAGAAGAAGAAGAAGCAGAAAAUGGUGCGAGCAGAUCCCAGUCUAUUAGGUUUUUCAGUCAAUGCGUCAUCUGAGCGAUUAAACAUGGGCGAGAUCGAGACUGUGGAGGACUUUUGAGACCUGCUGACAAACUCCCUCUCCCUACUGACUAUGUCCAUUCACAUUAGCUGCCAUUUUACCCUAUUACACUUUUUUUUUUUUUAACUUCUUUCUAUUGUCAAUUCUUGCACAAUAAGUCCAGUGAGCCAUGAGGGCUUUGUUACUCUAGAGGAAAAUUCUGCAGCAUCUUGCUUGAAUUGACCCUCACGUUACAAGAACAACCAAAAAUUACAUGCUGCCCAAGUAGAUGAUCAGGAAAUUGUUGAAAGUGAUGGGAAUCCACAUGACCAGAGAUCUGGAUGCCUUCAUUAAGAAGAAUUCACCCCCCCACCCCCAAUUUUUUUCUUAGUUAUUUUUAAAGCAUUCAUUAAAGCAGUUAUAGAUAAAGUUAAACAAUCCAUGUACACACCUUGUCAUUUUUAUUUAUUAAUUUCGCUUCCCUUUUCUUUUCCUCCCUCUCUUCUUUGCUGCCGUGUGUUGGCAGAAGAUGAUGACAAAGUAGGACCUAAGGGCAUAUAAUCACUGCCGUCCUGUUUUAAGGACGUGUUUGAAAGUUCCAAGUAGUUAUCCAUUUCUUGUAAAAUAAUAGGCUGUUUAAAAGAAUAAACUUUCAAUUCUGCAUCUGUAUUAUAAUAUAUGGAGACAAUGAACCAACUGAGUCGUACUUUUUUAUUGCAAUAUGGAAAAGAAUAAAAAAAACAGUCUCUUGUGUGGGCUGUUCUACAUCA